GUCGCUGCGUGACGUUGUACUUCAUCUUGCCCUCCGCAUCCGCUCACAUCCUUCUCCGCUCGACUUCGGCACGCACCGCAGCAAUGGCUCUCCUCAAGUCCAACAAGGUGAUUCAGUGUCUGGGGAACAUUUCUCCUGCUCUGGGAGUUUUGUCCAGCCGCCACAGCUCAUGGUGGGGGGGAGUGCAGAUGGGCCCCCCCGACCCUAUCCUGGGGGUGACCGAGGCCUUCAAGAGAGACAGCAACCCAAAGAAAAUGAACCUGGGAGUCGGAGCCUACAGGGACGACCAGGGCAAACCAUUCGUGCUGAGCUGUGUCCGCAAGGCAGAAGCCCUGAUUGCAGCCAAACAGCUGGAUAAGGAGUACCUGCCCAUCGGGGGUCUGGGGGAGUUCAACAAAGCCUGCGCUCAGCUGGCUCUCGGUGCCGAGAAUGAAGUCUUAAAGAGCGGAAGGAACAUUACUGUACAAACCAUCUCAGGAACUGGAUCUCUGCGCAUCGGAGCCAACUUCCUGUCUCGCUUUCAUGGAGGUGCGCGUGACGUGUAUCUGCCCAAGCCGUCCUGGGGAAACCACACCCCCAUCUUCAGGGAUGCUGGGAUGCAGCUGAAGGCCUACAGAUACUACGACCCCUCCACCUGCGGCUUUGACUUCAACGGAGCCCUGGAAGACAUUUCUAAAAUCCCAGAGCAGAGUGUCAUCUUGUUACAUGCUUGUGCCCACAACCCCACUGGAGUGGACCCUCGACCUGAGCAGUGGAAGGAGAUCUCUGAAGUCGUGAAGAAAAGAAACCUGUUAGUGUUCUUCGACAUGGCCUACCAGGGCUUCGCCAGCGGAGACAUCGACCGCGACGCCUGGGCUGUACGCCAUUUCAUUGAACAGGGCCAUAACAUCGUACUGUCCCAGUCCUUCGCCAAGAACAUGGGACUGUAUGGUGAACGUGUUGGAGGCUUCACCGUGGUGUGUAAAGAUAACGAGGAGGCCAAGAGGGUGGAGUCUCAGCUGAAAAUCCUCAUCAGACCCAUUUACUCCAACCCACCGAUGAACGGCGCCAGGAUCGCGACCACCAUCCUCAACACCCCGGAGCUGCGCUCAGUGUGGCUGGAGGAGGUCCAUGGUAUGGCCAACCGCAUCAUCAAGAUGAGAGAGCAGCUGGUGGCCGGGCUGAAGAAGGAGGGUUCUUCUCACAACUGGCAGCACGUCAUCGACCAGAUCGGGAUGUUCUGCUUCACUGGUCUGAAGCCUGAGCAGGUGGAGCGUCUGACCAAGGAUUUCUCUAUUUAUAUGACCAAGGAUGGCAGGAUUUCCAUGGCCGGCGUGACGUCUGGAAACGUGGGCUACCUGGCUGAGGCCAUCCACGCCGUCACCAAGUAGAGCGGAGGCUGUGGGCGCAGCUACAGCAUCAAAGCAGCGGUGUGGAUGAGGAGCUUCGUUGUGUCUCUAAGUGUCUGCUUCAUUCCACCGUUAGAAAAGAAAAGAAACGCUCGGUUCUUCUAGUUGUUUUCUCAUUGGAUGUUAUUGAAUGUUCAGUUUUGUCUCUGCCCUCCAUUUUUCACAGAACAAUAAUAUAUAUGAGCUAAAUUGUGAUUGGUCCAUGCUUCCCUCGGCCGUGUCCACCGAAAGUUUACUCUUAUCUGUGGAGUCUGUGUAGAAGACACAGCUUAAUUAUUUUUCUUAAAUUUUUAGGUUCUUUUAUUUUAGCACUUUAUAAGCAAAAAGGCACUGUCUGAAGAAAACAUCACAUGACUAUGGAUUCACCAAUCAAUAAAUGACUAUGAUUUCCCUGUUAACCUGCAGACAUCUAUCUGGUAAUUAAUCACACUUAUCUGGUUGGAAUUUGUCCGUCUGUUCCAGGAUUGUUAUUUUCUACCUGACCUACAGGAUAUUGAUCAGUCAGUAGAUCAAACCCCAGAAUGCCACUCGUUCAAUGCUGAUAAUAAUAUAAAAAAAAGUAUUUUAUUUUCUGUUUCACCAAGUGCGGGUGAUGUUGGAUGGUGUCGGGUGGUGUCCCUCAGUCCUUCAGCUCUUCAACGUGUUGUUCCUCUUAUUAAGUUAUAUUCUGGAUCACAGGUCAUCUGUUGUACUGAACAAACAAUAAACCAUAAGAAAAACA